CCGACGGCACGGAGACCUACCACGUUUUGUGUACUGCUCUCUCAUGUACGCUGAACUAGUAGCGAAGCGUGAAGUAUAAUUUACAAACCCACCGGUGUUUUACAUUCCAGCAGCCGGACGUGAUUGAAACCAUGGGCGAACAGUUGCGUGCGCUGUGCGAGGAGCUUAUAAAGGCUGUGAAUGUGAUGAUGGAGGCAGAAUCCAGCCAAACAUACCGACUGGAGGCCCUUAAGUUUAUAGAAGAUUUCAAGGAGAAAAGUCCCUUCUGUGUUGAAUGUGGUAUUCAGCUAGCAGAGAAAUCCCAGACUGCAGUGAUAAGACACUUUGGACUGCAGAUACUGGAGCAUGUGGUCAAGUUUCGCUGGAAUAACAUGGCACCGCAAGAGAAGCUCCAGCUGAAGAACUGCACCAUGGGCAUGUUGUCAAAUGGUACACAUCCGAUUCUUCAAGAGGAAUGUCAUGUUAAGGACGCCCUGUCCCGCAUCGUGGUGGAGAUGAUCAAAAGAGAGUGGCCACAACAGUGGCCCGACAUGCUGAAGGAGAUGGAGGCCCUCACUGCUCUUGGGGAUGCUCAGACAGAGCUUGUAAUGUUGGUUCUGCUGCGGUUGGCCGAGGAUGUGAUCACGUUUCAGACGUUGCCCGCUCAGAGACGGCGGGACAUCCAGCAGACGCUCACACAGAAAAUGGAAAGCAUCUUCACUUUCCUGCUGGGGAUACUGCAGCUUCACGUCAACGAGUACAGCAAGAUGAAAUGUGUUGCUGGUCUUGAUUUAAAGAUGAAAGCUCACUUGCGUGUUGGUGUGGCUACUCUCAACACUCUAGCAGGCUACAUCGACUGGGUUUCUCUGAGCCACAUCACCAGUCAAAACUGCCGUCUUCUGGAGAUCUUGUGCCUGUUGUUGAGUGAACCUGAGCUGCAGCUGGAGGCCGCAGAGUGUCUGCUAAUUGCGAUUAGUAGGAAAGGCAAGUUAGAGGAGAGGAAACCAUUUAUGUUGCUCUUUGAUGAAGUUGCCAUGAACUACAUCUUGUCUGCUGCACAGUCAGCAGAUGGUGCAGCUCUGUGCAAUCAAUCCUCAGGUGGCAUCGAUGAAAGGAGAUACACUUUCCUGAAGAGACUCUGUCAGGUUCUCUGUGCUCUGGGCAGUCAAGUCUGCACUCUAGUGGGUUCAGAUGUGGAAGCACAAGUUCCUGUUAACUUGAAUAAAUAUUUAGAAGCUCUUCUAGCGUUCACAACUCAUCCCAGCCAGUUUCUGAGGUCGUCAACGCAGAUGACCUGGGGAAUCAUAUUCCGACAUGAAAUACUGUCGAAGGAUCCAGUAGUUUGCCAAAUGGCCAUCAAGUAUUUAAGAGCGACGAGGAUCAAUCUUGUGAAAACUGGAUUCCCCUCCAAGAAUGAUUGUCCAGGCUGUGAAUUCUCCAGAGUGGACUUUGACAGCGAUGAAGAUUUCAAUUCCUCCUUUAAUCCUUUCAGGGCUCAGCAGGGGGAAGCGGUUCGCCUGACUUGUAAAAUAGUCCCUUUUGAAGCCUUUCAAAUUGCAAGGGACUGGAUGCAGUAUCAGAUCAGCACACCUAUAGAUGCUGGAAAAACAACAUCCAAGACAGAGAAGGGUCUCUGCUCUCCUCUGUCCCCUUCGGUGGUUCAGUGGGAAGCCAUGACGUUCUUCUCUGAAAGUGUGUUUGGGCAGCUCUUCAAAAUCCUCGAAAAAGAGAAACUCCCCAUAGACGAGGGCAUGGCGCUGCUGCAGAUGGUGGUGAAUUACGAGACUGGAGAUCCUCUCAUUCUGUCCUGCGUGCUCACCAUCAUCUCCACACUCUUCCCCUUCCUCACACAUCGGCCUCAUUUCCUCCCUCAAGUACUCUUUAAGAUAUUUUCUGCAAUCACAUUCGAGUUGGUUGAUGAACGCAAGGCUCUUCGAACGCGAGCGGUGAAGAACGUCAGAAGACACGCCUGCUCCGCCAUCAUCAGGAUCUGUCGCGAUUAUUCAGACUUUAUGCUGCCGUGCUUCGACCUGAUGUAUGAGCAGGUGAAGAGGCUGUUCUCCAAUGAGCUGCUGCUGACUCAGCUGGAGAAAUGUGCUCUCAUAGAGGCCCUGAUACUGAUCAGCAAUCAGUUUAAAGACUAUAAGAAGCAGAAAGCCUUCCUGGAGGAGCUGAUGGCGCCGGUCACUGCGCAGUGGCUGUCGGAGGAGAUGAGGAGUGUGUUAUGGGACCCUGCUACUUUCUUGGCGUUUGUCGGUGCUGAUCAGGAGAUCGGUGAUUCUGACACCGACGACCAGAUGGGGAUCAACAGGUCACGGAUUAGUUUUUGUGUGCACACCAUUCUCGGGGUGGUGAAGCGUGCUCGCUGGCCUGCUGAUGCUGACCAGGCCAAAGCUGGAGGUUUUGUGGUCCGCACUGCCUCUGAUGGGACCCCCGUCUACAAAAACCCCUGUGCGGAGCCCCUGCAGGCCCUGCUGCCCAACCUUCUGGCCCUCAUCAGAACCAACAACAGCUUGUUCUUGCCGGAGAACAUCACCCGGCUCAGCAAGACCUUCGCUAGAGUCUAUGACAUUACAGACAUGGAGAAGAAUUGUGUUUUAGGAAUCUCUCAGCCGGUUUUAGACUCCUAUGAGACGUCGGUGUACAGAAACGUUGCUGAACGCAUGCAAGGCUUCUUCUCCUCACUCUUCGAAAACUGUUACCAUGUUCUGGGUAAUAUGGGUCCCUGCUUGCAGCAAGACUUUUAUGGUAUCGAGGGUUUGGCAGAGCAGAUCGUUGGAUCCGCCUUCAACCAUCUUGACAGCGUUCCUGACCACAGGCUCCGCCCCCUAGUCCGUGUCUUCAUGAAGCAGCUGGUCAUCUCCUGUCCUCAUGAGUACUAUGACAGACUCCUCUGUCCUUUGCUGGGUCCAUUAUUUUCAUACCUACUGCAGAGACUGAACUUUCGGUGGCAGAUCAUCAACCAACGGACCAGUCUGUGUGCUCAUGAGGAGGAGGAGGAGGAGGCCUAUGAGGAGAACCAUGUGACCCAGGAGAUGGUGGAGGAGCAGCUGCUGCGGCAGGUCACGCGAGAGGUCAUGGAGCUUCUGAGUGUGACAUGCAUUACAAGAAAAUGUCCAGAGUUAAACGCAAACAAAGAGGAAGCAGAUGGAGAUGAGGAGAUGGUGUCGAUGGACUCCUCACAGGGGAAUCAGGUCAACACACCUUCAGAUGAGCUCUCAGAUCUGGGCAAGUGCCUUCUCCAAAGUGAGGAUAUUUACAUGACUGUCCUGACUAUAUGUUUUAACUGCCUGUCGUGGAAGGACACUGUAAACUGUCAGCGCACUGCUAGUGUGCUCUGCUGGACGCUGCUGAAACAGGUUCUGGGUGGGAAUCUGCUCCCGGAGGCUGUGACGUGGCUCUACUCAAGCGUCCUGAAGGGUCUGCAGAUGCAUGGCCAACAUGAAGGCUGUAACACCGCACUCACUCAACUGGCCUUGCUCAUCUACGAGUCUCUAAGGCCUCGCUACGCAGAGCUGCGCUUGAUCAUGAAUCAGAUCCCUGAUAUCCAGGCCGAGGCUCUGGAGCAGUUUGACCAAAAGAUCCAGCCCGGAGUGACAAAGCUCGGAGAGAAGAAGAAGAGAGAGCAGUUUAAGAGACUCAUCGCAGGCACUGUUGGGAAACCCCUUGCACAGCAGUUUAAGAAAGAAGUGCACAUCCGAAACCUUCCUUCUCUGUUCAAGAAGCCCAAACCCACAAAAGAUUUGCUGGAGAACAAUGCGGACGCUUCUCUGAUCUCUCUGUUCACUCCGGACCAUGACAGAUGUUGAGUAAAGCUCUGCUUCAACACAGUUAAUGAAGACUUUUGUGUUUCAUGUUUAGAUGUAAAUGCGUUUUCUUUUUUUGUAUGUUUUUAGCUUACAGUAUUGUUAUUUAAUGAAUUACAAAAAGAACAAAGUCGAUGUACAAAAUUAAUAAUGAUAAUAGCAAAUGAGACAUCCUAUUAACUCUUUCCCCUCCAUUACCAAUAUAAACUCUUCCCUGCCAUUGACAAGUUUUUACAGCAGUCCAUUUUUUAGAUAUAUUAUGGUAAAGGAAGUCCUAACGCAUGUCCUGAGUGAGAUACAAGACAUGUGUCUCCUGGGAGCAAAAUAGAAGACGAUCAGAGAAAGUGACACGUGUGUGUUACAUACUAUACACUCACCGGCCACUUUAUUAGGUACACCUGUCCAACUGUGUAGACAUGAUCAAGACGAUCUGCUGCAGUUCAAAGUGAGCAUCAGAAUGUGGAAGAAAGGGGAUUUAAGUGACUUUGAACGUGGCAUGGUUGUUGGUGCCAGCCGAGCUGCUCUGAGUAUUUCAGAAACUGCUGAUCUACUGAGAUUUUCACGCACAACCAUCUCUAGGCUUUACAGAGAAUGGUCAGAAAACGAGGCAGUUCUGUUGGCACAAAUGCUUUGUUGAUGCCAGAGGAGAAUGACCAGACUUUUGGGAUGUGGUGCUAGUAAGGUGUAUCUAAUAAAGUGGCCAUUAAGUGUAUAUCUUAAGAAUGCACUACUUUUAAUGUAUUUUUUUAUUCUUUUUGAAACUACCUGUCAGAUAGUGGGGAUACCUUGUGUGUAUUGUCUAAAUUGACUACCUUUUUGUUAUGUUUAGGGCUGUUUUUGCCCCAUUGACUUCCAUUAUAAUGACAAUUUUUGAUUGCAAAGCUUUGACGCCAAAUAAUCAUGUGUACUUGUUUGUUGCUGGCUUUAUCUGUUGGGAAGAGGGCCAAUUUGUCAUUUGUAACUGUUGAUCAUCAGUUGGCACUGUUAACCCUUUAGAUAGGCCUGUGCAAAAAAAAAAGUUUCUGGUUUAUAAGGAGUUCUUAGGAAUAUAACAACUAUUUUAUACACUAAAUUAUAGUGUGUGUGCAUUUAAACACACUAUGUUUUGAAAGCUGAUAUGCUUAUUUA